AUGCCGCUCUCCUUCAACUCCUGUUUCCCCUCUGCUCUUGCUUGGCUAGGUGAAGCUUUCACCUCCACCGUCCUCUCCGCCCUCCUCGCUCCCCUCUUCCCCCUCCUCCCGUCCCCUCCUCCCCCUCCUCCCCCUCCCCCUCGCCCCUUCCCCCUCCUACCCUCCCCCCCGUGUAUCCGCACACGGCAUCACUGCAGCGCGCAUCCGCACACGGCAUCACUGCAGCGCGCAUCCGCACACGUCAUCACUGCAGCGCGCAUCCGCACACGUCAUCACUGCAGCGCGCAUCCGCACACGUCAUCACUGCAGCGCGCAUCCGCACACGUCAUCCUCGUCGGACGCGUCGUAUCUGCGUCGCCUGGGCGGCAGGCGAAUAUCCUCCCACUCCACGUCGCUGCGCGCAGUGCAGAGGGAGUGGGGGAGGCAGAGGUAUGGGGGUAA